AAAAUCAUAUUCAAUAGUACAGAUAAAGCUGUAGGUAAAGAUAGACUUAUGACUCAUAAAAAUAGACAUUGAUGCGGAAAACAGAUGAAGAUGACCGUUUCGUCCUCAUGUUGCAAUCUGCCAACUUGCCCUAAACGAUGAGGAUCAAGUUGCUCAAACUUUUUCAAAAAAAAAUAAAAAUAAAAAAAAAUAACAUAUGUGUUUCAUGCUUUUAAACCUUUUUCAAACUUUCGAUCUUAACCAUUAAAAUAGUAAAAUCUACGAUCCAAAUUACUAUUUACGCUUUUCAUACAAAACCCACUUUUCAUUUGACCCAAACUCUACAUAUACAACCGUUGAAGCGUCACUCUUAUAUUUAAUCCGUAUAAAUGUACAUCUAUUAUUUGCACUCAUCAUAUUCACACAAUUUAAAUCAUAAUCUUGUUACAAUGAAAUUGAUCCCGAGUUCCCCCUAGUCCCCUACCACCUUUACAAAAAAAUAAAAAAAGUACAAUAAACAUAACCAAGCCGAUAUUUUUAGAGAACAUCACGUUUAUUAAAUAAAAAAGCGCGGGUAAAUUAUUAAAAAAACAUGUUCUAUGCGAUAAUAACAACCAACAAACAAACUUAUAUUCCCCUUCAUAAUACAACUGUCUUCUCCCCUUUCACCAAAACACGCUUCAACUUUCAAUCAUUGACUACACCCACAUUUCUCUUUGAUUCAUUCCCAUCCAUUUUUAUAAAUUAUAAACCCCCAAUUCACCACAAUUCCACCAUGGCUGGUGACCACUCCACCGCGGUUGUGGCGGAAAUUCAGUCGUUGCUCCGGCUAGUCCGAGAUGUGGCCCGGAGAUCUGCCACCGGGUUCGCAGGAGCCUUCAAGAAGGACUGUUCUGACAUGUGUAGAAGAGUUGCGUUAUUGGCGCAUUUAUUGGAGGAGAUUAGAGAUUAUGAAGGUGAUUUGAGGCCGUUGGAUUUGUCCGCUUCUUCUUCGUCGAAUUCGAGUGCCUUGUGUGAGGUUGCGGAGGCGAUUAAGGCGGUUAAAAGAUUGGUUUUGUUUGCUGGAAGCUUUGAUUGUAAUGUUUCAACGGACGGAACGGCACAACAAAUUGUGUUUCAAUUCCAAUGCGUUACGUCGAAAUUGGAAAAGGCGUUAGCCGGCUUGCCGUAUGAUCAUUUUGACAUAUCAGAGGAAGUGAAAGAGCAAGUUGAUUUAGUCCGAGUUCAGUUAAAAAGAGCCGCUGAACGAUACGGUGGAUCACAAGAUCUGACCGUUUUAUCAAUUGGCUUAUCUCAAUCACUGGCGAAAGAGUCUGAUAUUGUUCAUGGAAUUAGCCAUGAUCAUAAUGAAGUUGAAUUGAAAGUGGGAAAUGUUUCGAACGAAAGCGUUGUAAAUGAUGUAGAUGAGAUGAUAUACGAGCCUGCUACUGCGUCAUCUGACGCAUCUUGUAUGUUAAAACCUGCCGAGGAUGCAGUAAACAACGUUGAGGAGAACAAGAAGCCUGUGAUUCCGGAUGAUUUUCUUUGCCCGAUUUCACUAGAGCUCAUCCGAGAUCCUGUUAUUGUGUCCACAGGACAGACUUAUGAGAGAUCAUACAUACAAAGAUGGAUAAAUUGCGGGAAUACAACGUGCCCGAAAACUCGACAAAAACUUCAAAACCUCAUACUUACUCCCAACUAUGUCUUGAGAAGUUUAAUCACUCAAUGGUGUACGCUUCACAACGUUGAGCACCCAACUUUACUCACAAACUCGCGAUUGAAAAAUAUCGAUAAAUCAUUUCUCGAUAUGAUUGAUGCAAUUGUUCAGAAUCUCUCAAGCCAGUCUAUCGAAGAACAAAGAGCAGCCGUCUCUGAAAUAAGAUCUUUAUCGAAAAGAAGCACAGACAACCGGAUACUCAUCGCUGAAGCAGGAGCGAUUCCGGUUCUUGUUAGUUUAAUACUGUCUGAAGACGAUAUUACACAACAGCAUGCGGUUACUUCAAUUCUCAACCUCUCGAUAUACGAAGAUAAUCGAGAACUCAUAAUGCUUGCAAAUGCGGUACCUUCAAUUGUACAAGUCCUUAGAACAGGCGCCAUGGAAACGAGAGAAAAUGCAGCCGCUACGCUUUUUAGCUUAUCGCUUGCUGAUGAAAACAAGAUAAUAAUCGGUGCGUCGGGUGCGAUUCCGCUAUUGGUUCAUCUUCUUGAAAAUGGAAGCAAACGAGGGAAAAACGAUGCUGCAACGGCUUUAUUCAACUUGUGUAUAUAUCAAGGAAACAAAGGGAGGGCGGUUAGGGCCGGAGUCAUUGCGGUAUUAGUCAAAAUGUUGACCGAGUCAAAUGGUUCGAUGGUUGAUGAAGCUUUGACUAUACUUUCGAUUCUUGCGAGUCAUCAAGAAGCUAAAGCUGCCAUGUUAAGAGCUUGCAUCAUUCCGAAUUUGAUUGAACAUGUGGCGGCUGCAAAUUCAAGGAAUCAAGAAAAUGCUAUUUCGAUUUUGCUUUCGUUGUGUAAAAGAGACGAUGAGAAUCUUGGAGUUAUAAGCAGGCUCGGGGUGUUAACGCCGUUAAUGGAGCUUGCUAACAAUGGCACAGAACGGGCUAAACGAAAGGCUGUAUUGUUACUGGGGCAUCUUCAAAGGUCUCAACAACAACUUCAACAUGUUGAUGGCUAACUUUUCAUGGUGAUUGGUUGAUAUUUAUACUUGAUUUUAUUUAUACAUGAUUUUUUUUUUUUUUCGGUUCGUGAAGAAGAACAAAGAGUUGAAGCAACUUCUUGUGCUUUCUUUGUGUUUUCAUAUUGGUCACUGCAAAUUCAUUUGAUUUGAUUUUGUUAUUGUUUGUUUGACAUCUGAGAUAACAUUUGUGAAUCUUUGAAGAUAUAUUUAUACCAAAAUUUAUAUUCUAUACC